CCUUGAUUGGCCCUCUCACCACCAAGACGUUAAGAAGAGAAACCGCCGACGCUCUCACAAUGGUUGCAAUGUACACUGUCGCGGGCCGACAAGUCGGUUCCCACGUUGUAUGUGCCCGAAAUCCCUCUCUUCGUGCUUCUUUUGGUUGAUUGCCGGUCCCGCAGCUCGCAAUGGCAACCCUUGGUACUACCUUCGCGUUAUCGGCAUUGGCAAUGGGUGGGAAGAAGACUCAGACUACCCCUCCGAUUCAAGCUAGUAGCAGUGACGAGGAAAAGUUCAUCAAGUAUGUUCUACUCUUCGGAUGGACGGGCGAUUAUUAGAUGAGUGGGAUGACUGACUGACGAAUUGUCUCGAAUAGGGAAUUUCUAGCAAAGGCCGAGGUGGAAUCGAAAGCAAACCAUUAAGUGUGGGAUACCAAAGAGAUUGGUGGAUGGCGAUGAAUGGAAUUCCCAGAGUUGCGUGCAUAUCACGCUAUGGAGGUCGAUAGAUUUUUGAAGCAAAAAAAAAUCUUUCUCACCCCGACACUGACCGCGGAUCAAAGAGGAAUCAAAAUGACGGGUG